AUGGAGCCUGACGACGGUGGCCAGGCGGCUGUCUUCGACGACCUCGGCGAGAAGCAGGUAUACGGGCCGACCAAGCCCGCCCACGCGUGGCCAAAGCCGUGGACGAACCUCGAGACGCAGGAGCACGUGCAGGUGGUGAAGGCUGCGAGCGGACUGCUCCAGGAGCCGCUGCGGACCGACAUGGGGGACGACGAGAUCUUCGUCGGCAAGGACUCGAUCCACAUCCUCAAACACCACGGCUCGUACAUGCAGCAGGACCGCUCCCUCAAGGGCAAGGACAAGCAGCACUCGUACCAGUUCAUGCUGCGGCUCAAGAUGCCAUGCGGGGAG